GAGGAGGAGAACCAAACAGCACAAACACCACAACUUUCUUGAUGGCGUCAACUCUUACUAUCGUGCUUCUUCUGAGUGCUGUAACGCACGGCGCUGUUAUAACAGUUGGCCCUACUUCUGUUACUGUUCCUAUUUAUGAGACAGCAAGUUUUACUUGUGAAGGAACUGGCAAUGAACUAACUUGGCUAGUAGGGAGUGAUUCACUGACAGAGUCUGUUGCUCAACAAAGAAGCAUCACAUUUACUGAUCCUGGAGGUCCUGGUAACUUAUCAUCAGUACUUACUAUCACUGGGUUACCUGUUAAUGAUGGGAUUGGAAUUGGUUGUCACAUAGUGUCAUAUCCACCUUUACAACAAGUGUUCUCUAACACUGGUGCUACACUAACAAUAAGAGGAAUAUCACCAGUUGAAGACAUACAAUGGUCUAAUGAUGAUCAGUCCUUGUCAUGGUCUCCUCCUUCUUUCUAUUCUGAUGAUAUAUUUUCAGGAGGCAUUGCUGCUGCUACUACAUAUAAUGUAUCAGUAAAUGGUAUCAGUUAUAUCAACACUACUGGUACUAGUGUAUGGUUGAAUACUACUGGAUUACCUUGUACUAAUUUCAUUGUCAGUAUUAUUGCAUCUAUUGGACAAUAUGUAUCACAAGAAGAAAGAAAUUGCAGCAGCACAGCAAAUUAUACAAUUAACAAUACAAAUCUUACAAAGACUUUCGACUACUCAAGUCAAAAACUUGUUGUUACUCUUACAAGCUUGAUACACAGUACACUAUCUUGUGAUUUUACAAUUCUUGGUAAACUUGAUCCUCCAAAUGACACGUUAACAGAAAACAACCGGGUAACUGAAGUAGAUGAACAGGAUAAGUUAUUUUCAUAUGAAGUGACUGGAUUGGAACCAUGCAAAAACUAUACUGCUGUUAUCAAUCCGAAUUUUGUGAUCAAUGAAAAUGAUGCCAGAGUUAAUUUUUCUACAUACAAUGCACAAGAUGUGCUAGUAUCUACUGAAGGGAAUGGAUCAGUUAGUGUACAGUGUGUGUUUGUAUCAGGAUCAACUGCUGAUGGAUGUCAUGUGAUAUUUAAUGAUACUAGUAAUGGAUAUAAUAACUCAUUUAAUAUAACUGGACCAGGCAAUACAAUAAUAUAUCUAUCAACCAGUGGAAUAUAUGAUGUAACAGCACAUGACAUUAUUUAUGAUGGAAGUAUUGCUCCAUGGACCUGUGUACAACCUAAACAAGUUUAUGUGACUGUUGCUUCUUCUACUACUACUUCUUCUAUCAGUGGCAGCACAAUUCCUAUAAUGCAUUCUACUGUAAAUAGUGAUUCUACUAUGCCUAUCUCACCAUCUCCAGCUCACACUGUUGAGGAAACUGGUGGUUCAGAAACUGAUGAUAACUCAAUGCUUUAUGCCAUUUCUGGAGCAAUUGGUGCUGGUUUAUGUAUAAUGGCAGUAAUAGUUAUAGUAGCAGUAUUGUUAAUGUGUAAGCGUCGAGUUAUGAAGGAAAAACUAAUCUUUAAUUCAGAAAUUGCUGCCUGUCAUCAACCACAAGCAGAGAUGAGUCAUUAUGAGAUACAUGAUCCUAUUGGACUAGUUGCUAUUGAUGUGUCAACUGAUGGUGUAAUAUCUUCAGGUCCAACAAGUGUAUCAGUACAAGGGAAUAUAGUGGAUCCUUAUCAUGUUUCUUCAGAUGUAAUAAUAGCUAUAAGAAAUGGACAAUCUGUUUCACACAAUAAUUCUCAUGUCACUACUACAUCUCCACCAGAGGAACAAACAUCUCCUGUUACUAUCAGUAGCAACACUGCUGCUUAUGCUGUUAUUGGUAGGAGGACUGAUACUGCUGAUGUACCACCACCUACUGUCCAACAUGUUGAAUAUAAUAAUGUUGCUGGAGAUAUUAACAAGAGAGGUGUGGUUAAUGCUUACAAGAUUAAGAGCCAGUCUAAUGACAUUCAUAAUGAUCCUAAUGCCAACAACACUGUUCCUGGAGAUUUCAACCCAACUACUGUAAACAAGAAUGAGAAUGAAGAUAGCCCCCCUCCUUAUGAUGAUUUGGACACCAUUACUGAUCCUAUCAUGAUUGAACCCAGUACUGAGUCUAGUACUGUAUCACCUCAGGCUUCACCAAAUUAUUGUUUUUAUUCUGAAGCUGAAGAAAUAUCACAAAUGAAUGAAGCUUCUACUCUUUGUGUUACACCACCAGUUGAACAACCAAAAGAUGGAGAUGAUGACUCAUCAAGUCGUUGCAUUUCCAUUGAUGAUAAUAACAAGUCUACUCCUCUUCCUGUUUGGACGCUCUUUAAUCAACUACGUGGAGAUUAUGAUGUUACUGCUACUUCAACACAAGAAGAGACUCUUGUUUAUCAUGAUUUAUGUGAUGAAGAUAAACUUGAAAAGUCAUCAGGAAUCUACAACGAUGAUAAAGAACCUGGUCAUUCUGGUGUGAUGGUAGUUUCUCAUUUUACAGUGCAGUACCUUUCAAGAGGAGAGGAAGAAUUAAAUGUUGAGUCAUAUUUACUAUUAACUGUUCAUGAUCACUCAUCCAGUUGUUGGUUUGAAUAUCCCAUUCAUACAAAUAAUGAAUCUACUCCUCUUCCUACCAGCACAUUUUUUGUUCAUCAACCAUACGGAGAUAACAAUUUUGUUGUUGCUACUCAAGAUGAAGAAGAACCUCUUCUUUAUCAUGAUUUAUUUGAUGAUUUGGUUACAACGCUUCUUGAAAACCUUGAUGAUGAAGAGUCCAGUCAUUCUAGUGUGAUGAUAGUUUCUAAAAUAAAUGUUGAAAACCUUGAUGAUGAAAAAGAAUUUGGUCAAUCUGAUGUGAUGGUAGUUUCUCGUUAUAUAUUUGAGUGCUUUUUAAAAGGAGAGGAAAAAGAAAAUAUUGACGUGCAGUCACGUAGUGAAAAAGAGAAUGAGGAAUUAAAGAAAGAUGACAACAUUGAUGAGAUUUAUUAUACUACUGAAGCUCAAAAAGGAAAUGGUCAUGUGGUUCUACCAAUGGAGGUCCCUCCAUCAACUGCCGAUUUACAUAUGUCUGAGAUUUUAUCAAAAAUGAUCAGACAUUUGAAAGAAGAGAUUGAAAAAGCACGUAGAGAAGCAAGCAUGAGAAUACUGAUUUUUGGACGUUCUGGAGUUGGUAAAAGUUCACUAUGUCAUGCUUUGAUUGAUGAAAUGAAGUUUGAAAGUGAAGCAUUUGUACAUCCAAAUAUAAUAUUGUUUAUUGGGUCUUGUGAAAUUGAUAAAGCUAUAUUUGCAUCAAGAAUGUUUCUCAAUUUUAUUCCAAAAAAAGAACCACCCCGAAAUUGGACAUUUUACAGCUCUCCAGCUAUUCCUACUUUGAAUGAAAAAUCAAAACUAAAAAUGAGAGUAUUGGAUGCCAUCACUGAAAUUGAGAAAAUUUUUACAAAGAAGACGCAGAUGUACAUGAAAGCAUUAAAUGACACAACAUUGCGAUAUAUUACAAGAAACAAAAAAGCUCUUUCUGAAUGGACAAAAUGGGAUUACAACAUUCCAUGGAAUUUAAAAAUCUGGAGUUAUCAACGAAGUAUGAAUGCUACUGAUGUAGGUGCAUAUGUACCCCCCAUUGGAUGUGAAGAGAUGCAGACUUGUGAUGGUUGCUAUUGUUAUGAAAAAAAAACAAAACAGGAAACAUAUUUUCAAGGGUGGAAUUGGAAGACUGCCUCAAUUACAAAGUUGCAAGAAUUAAUAUCCAAUUUUGGAAUUUUGCUGUACUAA